ACCACCUCAACACCACCACCACCACACCCCUACCACUACUACUACUACAUCACCUCAACACCACCACCACCACAGAGAGCAAUUGUUAUUAUACAUCACCUGUGGAUCUAUACCUGGAUUAAUACCACCUGUCGACAGCUUAUAAUCACCCAGACACUGAACGGACUAGAUGGGUGGUGUGACAGGAGGAGGAGGAUGGGGGCGGAGGCGGAUGGGCGUGUGGGCGGCUCUCCUGUUCCUCGUCCAAGUACAUCACGCACACGCCUUUGGUAUACCUGAAUUUCUAGUGUUUGGAAACUGUCCGGACCUCCAGGUGGAUCCCAAUAUAAAUUUUGAGAAAUUUUCCGGAAUUUGGUUCAACAUGGAGGAUGUACCAAAUGAAUAUACAGACAUCGUCGCCUGCUCCAUGGCCAACUAUACUUGGCUGGAAACCAUCAUGACCGUGGAUGAGCGAGGACUUAAUGUGGAUGGUAAGAAGGUGCGGAAGAAUUCCCUAAUGCGGCCUACAGAAGGUCAACCUGGAGUCCUUACCGUGGAUGCUGAGGGGGUUCCUUCCGCCCCUUAUGCUAUCGUUGGGACAGAUUAUGACAACUACGCCUGUGUCCACUCUUGUAUGGGGUUCAUGGGAUUCAAGGCAGCCUUUUCGUGGGUUUUCACUCGAGUGCCAAACCCCGACCGAGCUUACGUGGCCUUGUGCCGUGAUCUGUUGGCUGAGAAUGGCAUCGAACCUAGUGCCAUGCAACCCAUGAGACAAGGCAAGGACUGCCCUUACACGGAGAAGCUAGACGCCCUGCUGGCUUACAGUAAAGGAGUUCAGAGCAAAGCCAAGGCUAAGGAAAUGGCAGAGGACAAGAAAUCCUCCACCAAGAAGACACACCAAAUUGAGCCCAUAAAUGCAGUCCCACAAGAAGCCACAGUGACGCAGGAAUCCAUAGGGACGAUUCAAUCUAGCGUGGUUUCAUUCAUACUAGACGAAGAGAAGCACCUACGAGAGUUAGAACAUGAAAUGGAGGAGGAGGAGCGACGGCUGAAGCACACUAUGGAGAUGGAUCAUCGUCGGGAGGAAGAGGAGAUUGAGGAGAUCCGUGAGGAGGUGAUCUACGAGAACCGCCGUCACCGUCACGAAGGAGGCCAUAGGGCAGAACACGCAGCGGGUGGCGGUGAGCACGUUCAUCUGAGCAGCUUAGCGUUCGUCUUACCUGUCGUCUCUUUGCUACUGCCAUCAUCACUAUAAUGAAUCUCCAAUACAUAUAAUCAUUGUGUCUCUCUUGCGUUUAUUUACUAUGGUCUUCAAACUUUAUCACUAUGUGUGUGUGUGUGUGUUUGUGUGGUGCUCGUGUGUGGAAACGCUCUCUCUCACUGGACACAAUAAUAAACUGCCUCUUAUGCUUAAUGGAAACUCAGUAAGGGGUGAUAUAAUGGUGUAGAGUCAGUGUACAGAGGAAGUUCACUAUAAUAAUAAUGAUAAAGCCGCAGUAAUUGUAUCCUUUGUAUUUAAGGUGUCAACUUAGGUCGGGUGGCGUCAUUUUCAAAGUUGUGACCCUAACUUUUGAGCCUAGUAAUACCCGCUCUACAAGGUGAUGAUAUGGACUAAGUAUGGUGAUUAUGUUAUUUACUUCUAGAGUUAUACAUACAUACAUACACUCAUUCAUUCAUUCAUUCAUUCAUUCAUUCAUACAUACAUACAUACAUACAUACAUACAUACAUACAUACAUACACUAACCACCUGGUCGGCGUGAAUAGCACGAUUCAUCUUGGCCCCAACACUGACAUUUUAAAACACAAUACUUACUCAAUUAAACCUUCUGAAGGACAACCCUGGCUGUCGUCACCCACCUACAUCACCUGGGUAUUAUGUCUGGCUAAAACAAAACGAGUUUAUUUGAGUCCGUAAAAAUGAAAUUAUUGAUUAUAAAUUGGGGCCUCUUUUACUGAAUAUGACUUCAAGUAAUUGUUGGUGAUAAAUACAUUAAAUUUCACGAUAAUUAAUUGUUUUCAUAUCGGUAAACUCAAAAUUAUCAUAUAAAUAAUGUUAGGGAAACAACUGCAUCUCAGUAUUAUUAAAAGUAACCACUCUACAAACUUUCGUUUGAGCGAUAAAGUCAAACUUUGCCUACAUCGUGUGAUAAAAACUCUCCAAUCCAGCAGUUGUUGGUGAAGAGAACUACUCAUUAUGUGUUUAUAUUGUAUAUAUCAUAAAGACUGUUGUUUGUAUUAUGGGUCCAAGACCUGUAAGACAGUGUUCUGGCCUGGCUAGAGGUGUGUUAGACGAGGCUCCCCCUGGGACGGGGCGCCCCGCAACACACCAAUGUACCUCAACUCCAACAUCUAGACUUUAUCCUUUUGGCAACCCUCAUUGUCAAUGCUACAUAUCUUUUUUUAAUAAAAUUUCAAUGAAGUU